ACAGCUGAGGGAGGGAAAAAGGAGAAGUAGGAACAAGAAUGGCAGAAAAUGUCCUCUAUGCUGACUUGAACUUGCCUCAAUCAACCAGACCCAGAACCCUGACGGUCCCUGAUGUCCAAGACUCAGAUUGUACCUACGCAGAAGUUAAAGUAAAAUCCCAAGACACAAAUGCUGCAGCAGACUGCAAAUCAUCUGGUAAAAGCUAUUGUUCCAGAAAACAUGUUGCUAUAUUGGUGGUGAUAAUCCUCAUACUGGUCCUGGCAGUAUAUUUAAUAAUCGCAUAUGGUCCAACUGCAAGCAGCCAAAACAGCUCAACAACCUUGUCCCACAUCCCCGAAGAGGAAUUAGGGUGCCCCCCACUAUGGAGAAAACAUUGGAGAAAAUGCUACUUCUUUUCUUCAGAGAAUAAAGAGAAGGACUGGGAAGCCUCCCGUGGAGAAUGCAUUACCAUGGAGUCAGACCUGGUGGUCAUUGACAGCAGGGAAGAGAUGAGUUACCUUCUCUCAGUAUCAAAAUAUGACUACUACUUACUUGGUCUCAAAUACUUUGAAAAGAAGAAGGAGUGGAAGUGGAUCAACGACAUGAAACAUGACCCAGCCAUGUUCAAUAUAACCAGACAUUUUAGCGACUAUGAAUGCACAACCAUUGGAUUUGGUGAAGUAGGAACUGCACCUUGUGGUGGAUCCCAAACAACACGAAAUAUGUGUGAAAAAGAUGCGACAAUUUUAAAAAGACAUCAGAAAGAGAGCUAAAAACAAGAGGUCCAGGCUAUGUUAUCCCCAGCUUCCUGUAGGAAAUGUGGAUGGGAUGUGACUCAUUUCUCUUUAGCUACCCAAUCUCUUCUCCCAGGGACUCCUGCAGCCUCCCUUGAGACUCGUGGCUGAGCUCAGCCCACCCUUUUUUCUUUGAUGGUGUCUGAGCUUGGAUGGAUCCCCUCUGGAAGAGCUGGCACUGGAGCACAGGAGGGGUCUGGGACUGUCUGGUGCCAGAGGUGGCACUUCCAGGCAGACACUGCCAGAGGAAAGGAGUCCAGGCUGGGGACAGGGGUGAUCCCAAACAGAUCCUGACUUUGCAAGUCACAUCCAUCCACAGCCCUGCCUGGGCACAAGGAGACCCUUCCCCACCUGGCCACAGCCUGGUCUUGCCUCCAGCCACAGGCGAAGGGCAGCACAGAUUUUUGGCUGGGAUCCGACAGGGAAGGGCAACCCCUCUCCUUGCCAGGUCCCAUGGCCAGGAUGGACAGAAUAAAGUCAGGUGUGGGUGUGGAUAAACCUUCCCUUGUCCCAGACUGUCUGUUCCAUGGCAUCCCAGAGCCUGUGAGGCAAAUGGGAAUCAGCACAAGGGAAAGGAUCCUACAGCAGCACAGCUCUGGGCAUAAAAUCAGCCCCAUUCCUGUGUAAGGAAGGGAAGGAGUGUCAGAUUUAGGAUCUGCUGAGGAAGGGCACAGGAAGGAGGCCAGCAGAGACCAGCAAGGCCUGAAGAACAGGGUCCCAACAGAGGCUGAACUGGGCAAAAAACAGAACAAUGAAACCCACAGUGACCUGUGAAGGAGCUGGUGAGAAGUAUGAGAGUGACCUGCAGGGAGUGGCAACACCAUGCUCUGCCCUCUUUUCCUUGGGGAUUGAUCACAGGUGGAAAUGAUGCCUGAGGGCUUUUCCUGCUCAGAAAAGUUCAAGCCAACACAGAAACAGGUGGUACCAGGAUGUCAUGGAGUUACUUUACCUUUAAGAAAGUUUAAGUUGCUGGGAUCUGCCUGGCGUCUUUUCUCCUGACCAAUU